CUCUACUCUAUCUCUGCCCUCCCUCCCCCUCUUUUUCCCUCCCUCCAUCAUUCCCUCCCUCUUGUUCUUUCAGUCUGAAAUUAAUACAGGGAAGGCACAUUUAAAGCUGCUCCUGGUUGCCUCUCCUCUCCUUUUUCUCUCUUUCUGUCUCUUCCCCUAUUCCUGAAAUAUCUUCCUACUCCCUCUGUCUUUCUUUCCAUCCCUCCCAGUCUGUCUCUAUUAUUCUUCAUUAUCUUUCUGGGAUUUUUUUCCCCUGUGGUAGAAAAGACGCAGCGAACCCUCCAGGAGGGGCAGAGAGGACUAAGCAAAUAAUAGAUCCAGAAGGGGCAAGUACAACAUAUCUCUUCAGAGCCUUUCGCUUCCUAACAGGCAUCCUUAAAUCAAGACUGAAGCACUCUGUUCCUUCCUGUAGCCAAGAACUACUGCAGAGCCCGGAUCCCAUGCAGACAUGGCUGUAACCUGCACGCGUUUUACAGAUGAAUACCAGCUGUAUGAAGAGAUUGGCAAGGGAGCAUUCUCUGUGGUCAGACGCUGCGUGAAGCUCUGCACAGGGCACGAAUAUGCAGCCAAGAUUAUAAACACCAAGAAAUUGUCUGCACGAGAUCAUCAGAAACUUGAGCGUGAGGCCCGAAUCUGCCGUCUACUAAAGCAUCCAAACAUUGUUCGGCUCCAUGACAGUAUAUCAGAGGAAGGAUUUCACUAUCUCAUCUUUGACCUGGUCACAGGUGGGGAGCUGUUUGAAGAUAUUGUGGCGAGAGAGUAUUACAGUGAAGCUGAUGCAAGUCACUGUCUCCAUCAGAUAUUAGAAAGUGUUUGUUUCACACACUCCUGUGACAUUGUGCACAGGGACCUGAAGCCUGAGAACCUCCUACUUGCCAGCAAGUGUAAAGGAGCUGCUGUUAAACUGGCGGACUUUGGCCUGGCCAUAGAGGUGCAAGGAGAGCAACAAGCAUGGUUUGGUUUUGCUGGAACCCCAGGGUACUUAUCUCCAGAAGUUCUCCGGAAGGAGGCAUAUGGAAAACCGGUGGAUAUUUGGGCUUGUGGUGUUAUUCUUUAUAUCCUGUUGGUUGGAUACCCACCUUUUUGGGAUGAAGAUCAACACAAGCUGUACCAGCAGAUCAAGGCUGGAGCAUAUGAUUUCCCAUCUCCUGAGUGGGACACAGUGACCCCUGAAGCCAAAAACCUUAUUAACCAGAUGUUGACCAUCAAUCCAGCGAAACGUAUUACAGCGCACGAAGCUCUUAAACAUCCAUGGGUCUGCCAACGUUCAACUGUCGCUUCCAUGAUGCACAGACAGGAGACAGUGGAGUGUCUUAAGAAAUUCAAUGCACGUCGAAAGCUGAAGGGGGCGAUUCUGACUACAAUGCUGGCAACAAGAAACUUUUCUGUGGGCAGACAGACCACAGCUCCUGCCACAAUCACCACUGCGGCCACUAGUACAGCCUUGGGGUUGGUGGAACAAGCAGCCAAGAGUUUGUUGAACAAGAAAACAGAUGUUGGAAAGCCUCAAACAAACAGUACCAAGAACAGCGCUGGAGUCACCAGUCCGAAGGGACCCAUUCCUCCAGCAGCACUGGAACCUCAAACCACAGUAAUUCAUAACCUGGUGGACGGGAUAAAGGAAUCUUCAGACAGUACACACACAAACCCCGAAGAUGAAGAAAUGAAAGUGCUGAAGUUCUCAGACAUUUUAAGCUCAGUGAGAAGGGGAUCGGGGGCCCUGGAAGCUGAGGGACCACAACCAGCGGUCGCUCAGCAGCCCCUCUCCCCAUCUUUUCCCCACUCACCUCUUGCACAGCCUGCUAGAUUUACAGAUAUAUUUAACACAGUCAGACGAGGCUCAGAAGCAGAGGGGGUGCAGUAUUCGAACACGCAGCAUCGGCUUUCCCAGCCCCACCUUAACUCUCCGUUUGUACAGCCUCGGAAACAAGAAAUCAUUAAGAUCACAGAGCAGCUUAUAGAAGCUGUGAAUAAUGGUGAUUUCGAGGCAUAUGCGAAGAUCUGCGACCCUGGACUGACCACAUUUGAGCCGGAAGCUCUGGGUAACCUGGUGGAGGGGAUAGAUUUUCACCGUUUUUACUUCGAGAACUUGCUGUCCAAGAACAACAAGCCAAUCCACACAACCAUCCUGAAUCCUCACGUCCAUGUGGUGGGAGAGGAUGCUGCCUGCAUUGCUUACAUCCGCCUGACACAAUACAUUGAUACACAGGGCCGGCCUCGCACAAGCCAAUCCGAGGAGACCCGUGUCUGGCAUCGCCGUGAUGGCAAGUGGCAGAAUGUGCACUUCCAUUGCUCAGGGGCCCCAGUGGCACCCCUGCAGUGACGGUUCCAGUAAUGCCCUCCUGGCUUCACCAGAAAAGAGGAUGUGCCAGAAACUUUUGGCUCCGCCGCUCAGAGAGUUCCAGCGGCGAGGAAAAGCACGUGACCGCAUGCUUGUGCCGUUCCCUCCCAUCCCUCCUCCCCCUCAACCCCUCCAAAUGCCAGACUUCUACUCUUCCAUCCUUUAAUGCCCCAAAAUGACCACCACUCCAGAUACCCACUACCUGGACUCAUGGAGACUGAUGUGCCACAAGAAGACAAGGAAAGGUCAUGGGAAUAAACCUCAUGCUCUUGUUUUCCCUCUGACCUUUAAACCUUUCAUCCUUCUAAAGAUCUGGAGGAGGUGGCUCAAACCUGUAUUGACCGUUUCAUUAAUGCAGGGUGGGGGUAGGGGAACAUCUGUUGACUUCUGCAGAAAAUUGUUAACCUGUAGCCUCCUUACCCCACUUUUUUUUUUUUAUUUGGGGAGUGGGGGUCGAGGGAUUGUCUGAAAUCUUGAGGGGCUGGGGGGAGAGAAGCGUGACCUUCCCGUGGAGCCGUUCCUUCCUGUGUGUUUGCGCGUCCAACGUGAAAUGAGUCGUCCAAACAGAACAACCAUAAACAAAAUAAAAAAGAUUUAAAAAAAAAAUACAAACAAAAAGUUUUUUUAAAAAAGACAAAAAAAAAUAUUUUUUAUUUAAUUUUCUGCAAAGCAGUUCUCACAGGGACCCCCUGCUGCCACUUCUUUAUGUUGUUUUAUUUUGUUUCAGGAAUGCAAAAAAAAAUAUUGAAAAAAAAAGAGAAAAUAACAUAUAAAAAAAAUUAUCCAGUCCCCUAUCCCUGCACUCCGUAAAUGAUAGUACAACCCAUUGUCUGUUGUGGGAGAGCCAGUCCGAUCGCAUGGCCGGCGCAUUUUAUGGAGUGUGCUUAAUGUUUGUCAGUUCUCAGCCAGUGCGUUUCUCCUCUGACAUGCAGGGUCUGCACAUAAGUUUUACAAUGUCCUUGUUAACACAGGUAAAUAGCAAACACAGGGGCUCCCCACGCCCCUUUAAAAUCCACCAUUCUUUGGGUU